AUGGCCCAUGAACUCCCUGUUGGUCAGCUUUCCCCUGGCUCUCGGCUCUCUUCUUUGGUUGCUGCCCCCCAUGCUUCUUUGCAUCAUGGACCUGGUCCCAUGCGACAUACGUUCCAUGGAUCUCUCACAGAGGACCUAGCUUCGGUUACAAAUGAAGCCCCAAUCCCUCGUGGAAUCCCGUGCGGAUAUCCAGCCCAGGCCCAUAUCCACGAUUCUGUGCAAUCUCAGUACUUCCCCUUGAUUCAUACAGGCUCUCACUUUGAAGCCAGACCACCCAUCGAGUAUCCUGGACCGCAUCAUGGUUUUAGCCAUGAGACAGCACACCUUGUCUACUCGAAUCAUAUGGAUAACAGUCAGGGAUUCACAGUUGGUCAUACCUAUCCAACCUCACUUCUCCCAUCGAGAUCUAUACCGCCAACGUUGUCUGGUUUGCCUUUUCGUUCUGUCUUUGCCAGCCACCCUCAAACAGUCGCACCUCGAAUGGAAUCUGCUGGUGGGCCACCUUUGUAUUCUAGUAUUCCUCAUAACCUCCAAAGCACAUAUCAGAACAAUAAUUUCAGCCUCGGUUAUCCUCAGUCUUUUGUCGAGCAUCAGGGAAAAGUUUCUCCGUCCAACGACCAAAGUAAUAGCAGGGGGGUUUCAUCAUCUCCGACUCCAGGUCUGGAACCAGGCUAUUCUGAGGGCUCGGAUUUGAACAUCGUAAUAGAAGAUCCAAAGAGUCCUAAUGGUUAUCGCGAGAAACGUAUGCGGACCAAGAAGGAUGCAGUGAAACAAAAGGAGGAGAGCAGACUGCUGAAGGAAUCUGGCGGUGCAUGUCUCUGGUGCUAUCGCAAAAAGAAAAAGUGUGGUCCGAUCCACCCUUGUCCUCUUUGCACAUCCACUGGGCGCAGAUGCAUUCGUGAGUCUUCGCAGCUGAGUCUACUCGUGCCUCCCGCUCACGGACUUCCUUCCGGCGAAACCUCCCAAAACGCAGAGGGCCGAGUUUUUCAGUUAGCUACUGAAGUACUUUGCCGUCUGAAAAUCAAGGCGUUUCAGACGACUGAUGAUUCGCGGGUGGUCGUGAAUAUCCGUCAGCCCAAUACCGACCUUGGCAUCUGGGUGGCAGAAAUGUCCCAACUCGGGAUAACUCCGUCAAACGGUCUGAAUAGGGAGUUGGUUUUUAAAUUGCUGGACCACGUUUGCUCCCCCGAGAUGGACGACAUCGAGGCUAGAUUCCCGGGCCAUCAGCUCAUUAAAUCUGCCUCGACAAUGGCAAGGUUGUUUGCGGCACUCAGCAGCUUUUCCAAAACACAGGUUUACAUCCGUCCAGCCGAUGUUGAUCCCGGAAGAAUGACCAUGUUUUACAUUCUUACUACUUUCGCUCAAGCACUUUGCGAAAUGUCAAACGAAUUUUGCUCGGAGCUCACCGAAGCAAUGCGGCGAAAGGAAACUCAGGACAACAAUCCCGGUAUCAUAGGCUACUCCCCUUCUCCAAAGUCACCCAACCCUGUUUGGGUUGCUGCUGGUCUAUAUUAUCGGGUUAUCAAGGGCCUUUUGAGCUUCAAGCCCGGUCCGCCCAUUGCGAACAUAUUCGAUGAUAUCAAACCCCAUCUGGAUGAGGUUCACGCACAUAUGUGGAGCGUGCUUAGGUUUUUUCCGUUCGGCCAGAGCUCUAACACCAAAGCUUCGGUUAAAGAGGCGCUCAAAAACCAUGUCCCCAAUGUGUCGGGUUUAAGAUGCUCUGAUAUCGCAUUUUGGCUCGAUUGGAGAGAAGAGGUCCCUCCUCCCACGGCUCUUCAUCGACAGACAGACCCAUAUUCUGGGACUUCCUAUGAUAUGGAAUCUUUCCUUAAUGAGGAUUUUACACUCCCGACAUUUCUUCCCGGCUCUGGGUGUGACUCGACUGGAGAUAGUCAAUCGCCACCUCAGAUGUCAGAAUUAUUGUCUCCAGGUGAUUCAGAAGCCGCUUCGUCUAGUCGGGCUUCUAUUCAAUCCUUGCCUCAUGAGCUGGACACGCUUUACGAAGAUUUGCUUGACCCUCUCGGUACCAAUGGCUGGGAUAGUACCAUGGCGAUCGAUGCCUUUUAUCGCGAUGCUACUUGGGACCAUGGACAGUGUGACCAAGCUAGCACUCGUGUUGGUUUCAACCCUUUUAAUGAUGUGCCGCUUCUAUCUUAA